GGUUUUUUUUUUCCUGCUGUGAGUACCUUCUGCCAAAGUUGUAAGAACGAUCCAUUUGAAAGUAGAACUUGCGAAGAAAGAUUUAUCGCACAGAACAGUCAACCUAGCUAUAAAGUCUAACUUCCAGGGAUGAAAGAUCGAGAUUUUCAAAGUCAUCCAUAUCAAACGCCAUGAAACUUCUCAAAUUCUACUACAUGUGCGUAUAUUUUGUGCCUUUUUUAAUAGCAAUCUCUUACUCAAAUUCAUUACCAUUAAGCAUGGCUGCCAGUGCUAGAGAUACCAAGAGGUUUAAGGAGUUUGAAGCAGGAUUGAAAGUGAUACAAGAUGCAGUUGAUAAAGUCAAUUCAAUUGUUGAAGGAACUUGUACUCCAUCUUGUAGUUCAUGUCUGUCAUCUGAAGAUUACAUGCUUUACUACACAGUAAUUUAUAACCUCAGCGUCGCAAACCCAUUGGGUGAUUAUUCUAAGGAGUUAUAUUACAAAUACAAGGAGAUAUUUGAAGAUCAUAUCACUUCUAAGGUGUUGCCUUCUUUAAGAGAGAAGAGAGAUCAAGAUUUGUUGCAAGAAUUAGUGAAUAGAUGGGCAGAUUAUAAGAUUAUGACUCGAUGGCUUUCGAGAUUCUUCCAUUUUCUUGAUAGAUACUUUAUUCCCACUAAGAAACUUCCUUCGCUCCAAGAAACCAGCUUCACAGCUUUCCAUAACUCGGUAUAUGGUGAGAUGAAUAGCCAAAUAAGAGAUGCUGUUAUAUCAAUGAUAAACGGGGAACGUGAAGGAGAAGAAGUUGAUCAUGCCUUGGUGAACAAUAUUGUAUCCAUCUAUGUAGAGAUGGGAAUAGAUUCAAAUAAAUAUUACGACCAGGACUUUGAAGCAGCUCUGCUUCAGGACACUGCUACAUUUUAUUCGGAAAAAGCCUCUAACUGGAUUCAAUUUAAGUCAUACAAUGAUUACUUGCUUAUGGCUGAGCAGUGCUUGAAGCAUGAGAAGGAAAAGGUUUCCUUCUACCUGCAAGCCACAACCCAGAAGAAGUUGCUGCAGGUAGUUGAACACGAAUUGCUCAAUGUACAUGCCAGUGAACUCGAAGAAAUGAAGCAACUUGAUCAUGUUGUUGUAGUGAGCCUGUGAAACAGUGUAAGAUGACUUGAAAAUUGUUCUUGUGUAUCAUGCUCAAAGUUAAUAAUGUCUUGUUAUGCUCUUUCUUGUGUAAGCAGAGACUUGAUCUUAUGUUAUAGCAAUGAGUUCCUUAUAUAAAUUAUAUACAGUUUCUUCC